AAAAUUAGAAUUGGACUUUUCUUUAAACCAAACAAGGCAGCUACCGUGUAUUGAUUUUGCACUUUUUCCUCUUUAGCAUUGUUCGUCACAUUUGUUCUGACUUCUCUCUCUUUUGUCGCCCACCAUACAUAUAUUCUUUACUUCUCCUCUCCAUUUGCUUCAUUCUCUAAAUGCGAAGAAAAUGCAAUGUCCCAGCAACUCCUUUCGCUACAAUGCUACACAAUGCGAGUGCAACCCUGGUUACUUGUUUAACUUCACAAGUAGAAUAUGUUACUUGUUUGAUGAAUGGGGUCCUGUGGAAAGUGAUUCUGGGGUUGAUUAUAGAUCUUUAUCGUUUCCUGGAAGUGGUGCCCUUUUCGAUUUUGAUUCAAUUAGGAGGUUAACUCAAUCGCAAGCUGUCUUUCUUGAAGCUACACUUAUUAUGUUGCUUUCUUGGCUUUGUUUCUGUUUUUUUGCUCGUUGUGCUCCGCUUGGUGAUGGACGUUCUAUUUGGUUCAAGAUCCGAUGGUGGAUUAGUCGACUUGAUAUCUGCUUUGCAUCCCGCCACUGGCUUGAUGACCAGAAGGUAGUCAUGAAGCGGAAAACAGAGCUUGGUGGAACUUUUUCAAUAGCUAGCUGGAUACUUUUUAUUGGUCUUUUUGCUGCUUUGCUAUACCAUAUAAUAGCGAAGAGAGCUAUUGAGAUGCACAAUGUGAGAGCAACAAAUGCACCUGAUUUAGCUGCUUUUAUAAACGAUUUGGAGUUUAAUAUCACUACCAUCUCAAGUAUGAGCUGCUUACACUUACGUGGUCUUGGAACAGUAGUAACUGGGAAUCCAGGGUUGAUUGACUAUCGAUUUGCUCCUCUGUCAACAUUUGCCAACUAUUCCUGUAUAAACACAACUAAGGGACCGACCAUCAUGCUUAAGUGCAGCAGAUGUCCACUUAGCCGGGACAAUGCCUAUAUUUCAUGGCAAUUUGUUGAUCUCCCAAAUAGUCCUGCAGCAGCUGCUGGAUUUCAGUUCAAUCUAACAGCAACAGAUCCUAAAAAUAAGAAACAUGUUAGCUUGGUCAGUGGAACACUGAGAAAUGGAAGCAAUUUUGACGACAAACCAGUUACAUUUAGAGGGCUGACACCAAAUAUAUUGAAGUUCAAUUUUUUCCCGAGAUUGUACCAUAAUUUGAAUGACCUGAAGCUCAUCCAACCACUACUUCAUGAGUUUCUUCCAGGUUCCUCAUUUGAUGAGAUAAGUCAACUCCAAGCAUCGCUCGAAAGCCCUAAUGAUGGUCUAAUCAACACGACAUUGUAUAUCAACUUCCUAUCUUCGUAUAUUGUUGAGAUCAAGGAUCAAAAUGUUAUGGGACCUGAAGUAUUUUUGGGCUAUGUUUUGAUGAUAUCUUCCUCUCCCAAGAGUGCAGUAAGCUUCCUUGCAGAUGUUGGUGGCCUCUAUUGCGUUAGUAUUGGCCUCUUCUUCUACAUUUUGGUGCAGUGUGAAUAUAGGAUAAAGAAAUUGCGCAAUGAGGAUAGUGUGAUGCGAAAGGUUAGAAGUCGCCGAAGAGCUCAAGACCGCUGGGAUAAAUUGAGGAAAUAUGUGAUGUACACGUACGCUCCUAACCAAUUGGAAGAGGAGUAUGACAUGAGAAAUGAUGGUUGUUGCACAGGCGUCAAGAUGGAAUCACUCCAAAGAAAGAGCUCUUCAGUUAGAGGAAAAGGGUCUAGCAGAUUAGAUACCAUCAGUUUUAGCAGAAGAGUUGGCUUACCUAGUGAGAAGAGAGCCAUUCCAGAAAAGAUUGAUACUCAAAGUGCCACACAUUUUUUGCCUGAACCUGCAGCAGAUCUCCAAAAGAAUACACAUCUGAAGGAAAAAAGAUUCCAAGAAAAUGCUGUACCUCCAAACACAAAAGGUAGUAAACCUGAAGACAUAGUUGCUCCAGAUGAAGAGAAUGCUCUCCAGGCUCCAGCUUUUCCUGCAGCUAAUGACGUAACUGUUCCGCCUCCUCCCCUGUUAAAAUUGCAGGCUGCUGAUCAUGUAAGUAUGACCAAUCUCCAGAAAGAUCUCCAAAACCUCUAUGAAUAUAAUAUGAUGCUCAGGGAAAAGUUGAUUGCUGCCCAAUCAAUGCUUCAUUCAUUAGCCAGCAAGGAGUCAACUUUAGCAGCUGAUAAUGGCGAUAUUAUUACUAGAGAAUGAUUAUGCUCAAUUAAGGUUGUAGGUGUGUGGAUGAACAAAGGCAAGAAAAUAGCUGCUACUUAUCUGAACAUUCAAAAUUCUGUCUCUUGAAUGUUUUGAGAGCUCUGGUGCAGAUGUUGCUGACUUUGCUUUCUGUGGAGUAGCUGUUGAUAGUACUUUGUUAGAACAAGUACUGAAUGCAACACUCCAAGGUGAUGAAGUACUGUCCUUUGUGCUGUACAUUGCGGAUUCAGAUGCAUUAUCACCUGAUGAUCGUUGGAGUGGCUGAAGCCGAUGUCUUCUGUUUGUUGUAUAAUUUUAGUGUGGAGUAUUCUUUUGGGAGCAGGAUUGUGUUCCUUAGUGAGUUAAACAUCUGAAUGUACAUUAUGUAGGAUUAGGACAAUGAUUUAAGGAAAUUCGAUUAUGAUAGUAGUGUGCGUUGGAUACAGUAAUUAUUAAGCCAUAUAAAUCUACCCAAGACAGUUCUGCAGAAAUGUAUUUUGGUAUUCCUUA